UGCGACUACCACCAUGCCGCCCUCUCUGUGCGCACUCUGCCAGCGCAACCGCGCGCUCAUACUGCGCCCAAAGAACCACCAGAAGCUAUGCAAACCUUGCUUCCUUGAGGUUUUCGAAACCGAAAUUCACCAUACCAUCACGUCGACGAACCUCUUCCAGCGUGGCGAAAAGAUUGCGAUCGGAGCCUCUGGCGGCAAAGACAGCACCGUACUCGCGAGCGUCCUGAAGACGCUGAAUGAAAGAUAUGACUAUGGCGUGGAGUUGAUUUUGCUGAGCAUAGACGAGGGAAUUAAGGGCUACCGGGACGACAGUCUGGAGACGGUCAAGCGCAAUGCGGUGCAGUACGAUAUGCCGCUGACUAUCGUUGGAUACGGCGAGCUGUAUGGGUGGACUAUGGACCAGGUCGUGGAACAAGUUGGCAAGAAGGGUAACUGCACAUAUUGCGGUGUCUUCAGGCGGCAAGCGCUGGAUCGCGGUGCUGCAAAACUUGGCGUAGGCCAUGUGGUUACGGGUCAUAAUGCAGAUGAUGUCGCUGAGACUGUCCUGAUGAACUUGUUGCGCGGCGAUCUUCCCCGUCUUGCUCGUACUACCUCUAUCAUUACGUCUACUCCGUCUGCCGCUCAGUCAUCCCCUGCCCCGGGCGAGGAAGGGUUUGAUCACACCAAUAUUAAGCGCAGCAAGCCACUCAAGUACGCUUACGAGAAGGAAAUUGUCCUUUACGCCCACCACAAGAACCUCGACUACUUCAGCACAGAAUGCAUCUACUCGCCAGAGGCAUUCCGUGGAAGCGCCAGAGCGUUGAUUAAAAACCUCGAGCGAGUGAGGCCAAGUGCCAUUCUGGACGUUGUCCGAAGCGGGGAAGACAUGGCAAAGCUUGUGCCCGGGGCUGGUGGAGACAAAGCUUGCGGAGAAACGGGGUGUGGAUCUGCGCCUCAAGUUAUGCCAGAAGAGGAUGAGGGUGGGUGUGGCAGUGCUCAGGGCCGAAGCACAGGCGGAGAGAUGGCAAAAAUGGAACAGUCACUGGCGCAAAAUGAAGCCGCAGCUGUCCAAGGCCUUGAAACGGAGAUCACACUACCCAAGGAUGUUGGAAGCGGUGGCAGAAGGAAAGGCAGAAAGCCGAAAUCCCAAGCAAAGCCCGCAACUGCCAGCAAGCAGGUGUCGAAACAGGUCAUGGGCAAAUGCGAGCGAUGUGGAUAUCUGUCAAGCCAGGCUAUCUGUAAAGCUUGUACGUUGCUUGAGGGACUAAACAAGAGCAGACCCAAGACCGCCAUCGGUAUGGAACCAGCUGAUGGAGACUCUGGCGAGGGACGUCUUGGGAAAGCCAUGAAAGAGGUUUCUUUUGGAGCGGAGUGAAGCCAACCUAGCAUAGAUGGGCUUGAUCACUGAAGAAAACCUACCAUGAAGUCUGCGGCCCGGUACUGGGUUCCUUCCAAGAGCCGACCUGCGAAGCCGUUUCCCUGAAAGCAAUCACAAGGUGUGACUCAGUGGGCCGAAGGGAAUCGUGCAGACCUUUACCGUGGUAUGCCUGCGCCGGGUAUGAACAUGACAUGUCAUCGUUCCGGAAACUGUGCUCAAACGCGGCUGGACACCCAACAAAACCCGAUAUCCAAACAGGGCCAAACAGUCAGUGCCGAUCGCGCAGGGCUAAGCUAGCUCACGGCAAGCUGCCAGAUGUUGAAUGUUAACAUGGGCGCAAGCAUUUUAAAUUGCAGGGCUCGUGUGACUGAUUUAAGAAAGGCUCUCCCCGGCCGGAAAGCUACUGUAGACCAGUUAGAGUUGUAUAUGACGUUGCAAUCUCCAAG